CACUGCUGCAUCCAUGAGUCCUUCUACAGCAAUCUCUCUCUCCUUGAUGCUCAUAAUGUGGACAUGCUGUGCACAAGAACAACCAGGGCAUUAUCCUCCUACUACUGGAUUUCAGAAGUGCAAACAAGCCUUGAACCGUCCUACAUUGGAAGUUCUUCCUGGAGGUGGCUGGGAUAAUCUGAGGAACUUGGAUAUGGGUAGAGUGAUGAACCGAAAUUACAGUUUGUGCAAAACUACAGAAGAUGGGGCUUACAUCAUCCCCAAUGAAAUCUUCACCAUUGCUCUUAAACAAAGCUCACUGGAGAUGAACUCAGAGAUCAUUGAGUCUUGGAUGGAUUACCAAUGUACCACUGCUGUUUCCAUCAAUGCAGAGCUGUCUUCUUCUUAUAUCAAUGGCAGGUUCUCCAGUGACUUCCGCAGGAUGAAAACUCACCAAGUGAGAGAGAAGUCUGUGGCUACGAAAGUUCAGAUCAGGAAUUUGAUGUACUCUGUAAAAAUGGAUCCUACAGCAAAGUUAGAUGAAGGCUUCCAGCAGCAGCUUGUCACCAUUGCUAGCCACCUUGAGAGAAACAAGACUCAAAUGGCUAACUACUUAGCAGAAAUCUUAGUGUUGAACUAUGGCACUCAUGUUCUCACUGGAGUAGAUAUUGGAGCCAGCCUUGUUCAGGAGGACCAUAUCAAAUCUACCUUUGUGAAAGAAGGUCGGUCCAUGAGAAAUGCUAUCACCGCUGCGGCUGGCAUCUCUUUCCAAAAUGUCAUCAACUUUGAUGUGAGUGUUUCAGCAGGCACAGAAGACUAUUUCACCAAGCAGUACCAGGGCAACCGUACUAGUUCGAGAGUGGAGAGCUUUGGGGGACUGCCUUUUUAUCCUGGGAUUACCCUGAAAACCUGGCAACAAAGCAUCAUCAAUCAGCUGGUGGCUCUUGACCGUUCAGGCUUGCCUUUGCCAUUCUUCAUCACCCCAAACAAUCUGCCAGGACUGCCCAGCCCCACUCUGAAGAAAUUGUCCAAGGCUGUGGAAUCUGCCAUUGACCGCUAUUAUAUGUUCAACACUUACCCUGGCUGCAUAAAUCCAGCUUCACCCAACUUCAACUUCUAUGCCAAUGUGGAUGAUGGCACCUGUGAAGGGACAGCAACUAAUUUUACCUUUGGAGGAGUCUAUCAAGAGUGUGCUCAGUUAGAAGGCCCUGAUGCUGACAUACUCUGCCAGGCCCUUGAGCAGAAGAACCCCCUCACUGGAGCCUUCUCCUGUCCUGUGGGUUAUACCUCCAUCCAACUGAGGUCCCAACAACGUGAGGAAGGAUUCAGCCACUUGGAUUGCCACCAAGAUUGUGUUGUUUGGAAGCUAUUCUGCAAGUGGCUUUGCAAAGACAUUUUUACACUCUCCAAAGUGCAGUUUAGCUCCUACUGGUGUGCAGCAAGAGGCCCGGUCCCUGAAAACUCAGCGUUUCUCUUUGGAGGACUCUUCAGUGCCAAGAGUACCAAUCCUGUCACUAAGGCUCAGUCCUGUCCCUCCAGGUACUACCCACUGAAGCUUUUUGACCAGCUCAAAGUUUGUGUGAGUACUGAUGAAAGGGGAAAGCGGCACUCUGUGCCCUUUGGUGGGUUCUUUAGUUGCCAGAUUGGAAACCCACUGACAGGAUUGCAUAAUGGAACAGAAAAUGACCCAUACCUCAAGAGGUGUCCAGCAGGAUUUAGCCAGCACAUGGCUCUGAUUAGUGAUGGGUGUCAAGUGGAAUAUUGUGUUCAAGCCGGGCGCUUCACAGAUAAGACUUUACCUCAAGCCCAGCUGCCACCCUUCACUCGCAAGCCAGCCAUCAGCUUCAUUGCUGCUGACAUCAUCCUCGUUACAAGUAGCAGUGGGGAUCAGACCUGGAUCAAGGAUCCGCAGACUCAGCUAUGGAAGUUGGCCAACCCUGAUGAUGUGCUCCACUACCUGAAGAGAGGUGGGGAUGCUGGUGGGAGUCUGUCAAAUGGAGAAGCAGCUUGGGUCACCAUUGGAGCCACCACCGGCUUGGCCGUUUUAAUUGGUCUAAUUGUCCAUGUAUGUAAGAGGUACAAGAAAAGGGAGUUCAGCAAGAUAGCUGGAGAGGAGACAUGUCUGAUGUCAAAUAAUCCUGUCUAUGGCCUCCUAGUUGAAACGGAGGAUAUACUCCAGUCAGAGCUGGAAAAACAAUCAGUUUAGUGGAGGAGAAUACUAUUAAUUGGUAACCUAGUGACUUUUACGUACAUGUAUUGGAUUUCAGCUCCCAAAAUUCUAGUACGGCUAUUGGUCCAUAGCUUUGAGAUGGCUGUAUCUUAACAAGCUUUGCUACAAGCUUUUCCUCAUCUUAUUACAGGUAAUUUAUAAUCCCAAGCACAGCUACAGGGUUCCUUUUUCUGCUAUGUCUUUCACCAUACUCAGUAGGUAGAUGCAAAAUCAGGGAUGAAAAGUCUC